AUGACAGCGUCAAUCCUGGGCAAGCGCUCUCGUGCCGCCGACACCGAAGGCCUGCCAGUGCGCACUGCCAGCAAGCGCCGCACAAUCGCCCCUCGACCUUCCCGUGAUGUCGCUGCGCUGCCCCCGAAAUCUCUCCCCGGACACGAUCGACCUACCGAGAAGCCUCGAGUAAAGGCUAAAGCGAAAGCGAAACUCUCUUCCAAACAUACUCUCCCUGAGGAGCCAACUAUACCGACUGUACAGGGUGCGUCUCCAACCCAGAUCAAAUCGCAUUUCCGUACCUCAAAGCUCGUGCUCGUCGAGGAGGAGAAAAUCAUCGACGAGAAGCCUAGAGAAGAGAAAGAAAUCAAGAAAGAUAUCGACAACACGAUCAAAACUGAAAGUGAUAUCGAGAAUGAAAAACCGGCACCCAUCGAGAUCGAGUUCAAAACACCUCAAAAGUCCCGCUUCCGAGAUGCUCUACAACAAUCUCCCGUCACCCCUCGCCAUCGGGUACAGGUUGGAGCCAAAUCUUCAACCCCAAGGACCCCGCGACACUCUGAUCUCCCGCCGACUCCCCGUCCAAGCGCCACCCCGAGUAUCGCUCAAUCCGUCUACUCGCAAGCUCGCCAACUCUUCGCCCGUGGCGCCAAUUCCGGUCGACUGGUCGGACGCGAUGCCGAGCGAGAAAAAGUUGCUACGUUCAUCGGCGAUUGUAUCAAGUCCCAGAAGGGUGACUGUCUGUAUGUCAGUGGGCCCCCAGGCACGGGCAAGAGCGCCAUGAUUGGUGAAGUCUGCCAGGAUAUCGAUCUGUCGUCCGUCAAGGUAUCCCACGUGAAUUGCGCGAGUAUGCGAAACGCCCGCGAUGUCUACACCCGGCUCGUCCAGGAUUUCGGCGAUCAAACGGAUAUGUUCAAAAAAAGUGAGGGUGAUCGGCUGAAGGCCAUGUUCCUUCCAUCCAAGGUAGAAGGCCUCUAUCUGGUCUCUCUCGACGAAAUGGAUCAUCUCCUUACCGGCGACUCGGGCGUACUACAAUCUUUGUUCGAAUGGUCAUUGCAUGCCAGGUCGAGCCUGAUUCUAAUUGGUAUCGCCAACGCCCUCGAUUUGACGGAUAGGUCCCUACCACAACUCAAGGCAAAGAAUUUGAAGCCCAAUCUUCUACCUUUUCUACCAUACAACGCAGCAUCAAUCGCGAAUGUUAUCACCAAUAAGCUCCGAUCCCUGCUCCCAGAUGGAGGAGAGUCGGAUCCCAAAUUUGUCCCUUUUCUCCAGCCGGCAGCUAUCCAGCUCUGCGCGAAGAAGGUUGCCUCGCAAACCGGAGAUCUUCGAAAAGCGUUCGAGCUUAUCAAGCGUGCAAUCGAUGCCAUCGAGCAGGAAACCCAUUCAAAGCUAGAGAAACAAGCGGCCGACGCGGCCGACGCCUCGGUUCUUGCAGAGAACAAGAACCUCUCAACAAGCCUCAAGCCUACUCCCGCGCCCCGACCCCCUCUCAUGGCCAACUACAACUCUCUGACAGCACCUCGUGCCAGCAUUGCCCACGUCGCCCGCAUCACCACAUCUGCAUUCGGCCAGGGCACUAUCCAGAGACUCAAAGGUCUCAAUCUACAACAGAAGGCUGCAAUUUGCUCCUUGAUCGCUCUUGAACGCAAGCGCCGGGAAUUCGAUAUCCCCAGCACCCCGUCCAAAUCUCGAUCCGGGGCCCCGACUGUGAAGCAAGCAUUUGAUACAUACUGUACGCUUUGUCGCAAUGACAACAUCCUUCAUCCUCUCACCUCUACUGAGUUUAAAGACGUCCUCAGCAACCUAGAGACUAUGGGUCUCGUCGGUGAUUAUCAGGGUCGUGGUCGUGGUGGUACCCUCGGUGGUGGAUCUGAUGUCCGUCGAACACCCUCCAAGUCUGGCAGCGUCAUGUCUACGCCGCACAAGGGCAUGGAUGAACAAGGUCUUCUCUGUUUCGUCUCGCAGUCUGAAAUCGAGGGCCAAAUUGCGGGUCCUGGUGAGGGUAUCCUGCGACGACUCCUUCGCGGUGAUGGUCUUUAG